CUACCCCCCAUCCACACCAUUCCUGCCGAGAUCCUCGCUGUUAUCUUCCAAGACACUGCAAUAUGGCCACCAAGAAUUGAAGAAGACUAUCUUAUCGGCUACCCGCGCAUGGUCAAUCGCCUACAACUGUGCGCGGUGUGCCGCCGAUGGCGCACUGUCGCACUCAGUACGGCGUCGCUGUGGUCAACCAUCGACUGGAGCUGCCAAAACAGUGCUGUGAAAGAAUUGUUCUUGCAUCGUUCUCAAAGCGCGCCACUUUGCAUCCAUUAUCGCUUCGAUGACGAAGGCCACAUUGACCCCUCGGCGUCGGAACACGCUCAACGCAUUCGCCAUCUG